AUGACAAUACCUAAGACAGUCAAGGAUAUCCAAAGCCUUACAGGGCGUGUGGCGGCCCUAACCCGAUUUAUCUCCAAAGCCACUGACCGUUGUGCCCCAUUCUUCAAGGCCCUUAAGGGCACGAAACGAAACAUCACCUGGACUACUGAAUGCGACACGGCUUUCAACGAGCUCAAGGAAUAUAUGGGCCGGGCCCCUUUAUUAUCAACCCCUGAGCACGGAGACAUCCUCGUGAUUUAUCUCUCCGUCUCAGCUUCGGCUCUUAGCUCUGUGCUCAUUCGAUCGAAGGACAACGCGGAGCACCCAGUGCAUUAUGUUAGUAAGGCAUUGCAAGAUGCCGAAGUUCGAUACCCAGACAUCGAAAAAUUGGCGUUCGCCCUGGUCGUCUCGGCUAGACGCCUCCGACCAUAUUUCCAAGCUCACACCAUCCAUGUCUUAACCAACCAACCGCUCCGACAGGUGUUGCAGAAGCCAGAAACUUCUGGGAGACUGGUUAAAUGGGCCAUUGAACUUGGCGAGUUUGAUAUUCAUUACAAACCCCGCCCGGCUAUGAGGGGGCAGGCCGUUGCUGACUUCUUAUCUGAAUUCACGGAGCCCCAAGCUUCUGCAGCUACCCAGCUCAUAACCGAACCCAAUCCCUCUCUGAGCCAGGACCAAACCCCCACCAAAAACACUCUCGACCUAACCCAGCCCCUGUGGACCUUAUUCGUGGAUGGCUCUUCUAAUGCCCAGGGGUGUGGGGCCGGCCUCGUUCUCGUCUCCCCAGACAAGGUUGCCCUCGAGUACGCCCUCCGCUUCAAAUUCCAAGCCUCCAACAAUGAGGCCGAAUAUGAAGCACUCUUAGCUGGCCUUCGCCUAGCCAAAGAGAUGGACGCCAGGCAAAUUCAGAUCUUCAGCGAUUCACAACUCGUGGUCCACCAGGUCAACCAGGACUUCACGGCCAAGGAUGCCUCUAUGACGGCUUACCUCCAGCACGCUCGGCACUUGCUGGCAACCUUCCACGCCCACUCUAUCAAGCAAGUGCCGCGCUCAGAGAAUAGCCAUGCCGAUGCACUAGCCAGCCCUACAUGGAUGGACCCCAUCCUCCAGUUCUUGCAGAACCAAACACUACCGGCUAACCCAGCCGAGGCACGACGCGUUCGCCAUCGCUCUGCCCGUUACCUGAUCAUUAACGGCUCCUUAUAUAAGCGGGGCUUCAGCCUUCCUUACCUCCGAUGCCUGACUCCAGAGGAGGGUCACUAUGUCCUCCGAGAAAUCCAUGAAGGCAUCUGCGGUAACCACUCGGGCGCACGCUCGCUGGCCCAUAAGGCAAUCCGCCAAGGAUACUUCUGGCCUUCACUCCACACUGACGCCCAGGCCUUCACCCAGAAAUGCGACAAGUGUCAGCGAUUUGCCAACAUCCCACAACUCCCGGCUGAACCGUUGACCGCCAUGGUCAGCCCUUGGCCAUUUGCCCAAUGGGGACUGGAUCUCAUUGGACCCAUGCCAGAGGGCAAGGGCCAAGUCAAAUAUGCAGUUGUGGCCGUAGACUACUUCACCAAGUGGGCUGAGGCCGAGGCCCUGGCCACUAUCACUGCGGCUCGCAUCGAAUCUUUUGUGUGGCAAAACAUUGUAUGUCGCUUCGGCAUCCCCAACUCCAUCGUCACCGACAAUGGCCGGCAAUUUGACAAUGCCAAAUUCAAACAAUUUUGUUCCAACCUCAAGAUUCGUCUAUGCUUCGCCUCCCCAGCCCAUCCUCAGUCCAAUGGCCAGGUCGAAGCCGUGAACAAAAUUAUCAAGAAGACCCUCAAGACAAAACUUGACAAAGCCAAGGGCUGCUGGCCAGAACUACUCCCGGAAGUACUCUGGUCCUACCGCACCACCUUCCGCACAUCCACGGGUGAAACGCCAUUCUCCCUAUCAUUUGGAACCGAGGCCGUGGCUCCGGUAGAGAUUGGCCAGCCCACAUACCGAACGUCCACUUACGACGCCACGGCCAAUGACGAGCAGUUGGCACUCAACCUCGACUUCAUUGACGAGCUCCGGGACCAAUCGAGCAUGCGCAAUGUCGCGUACAAACAACGCAUCGCCAAAUACUACGACUCCGAGUCAAGCCCCGUGCUUUCAAAAUGGGGGACUGGGUCAUGCGCAAGGUUUCCUUGGCUACCAAAAAUCCCAACGAAGGUACCCUCGGCCCUACAUGGGAAGGUCCUUAUGAGAUUAUCAAAAUCUGCCGCCCCGGCACUUAUCAGCUUCGCGAUUCCACAGGCAAGACGCUGCCUCACCCGUGGAACGCUGACCACCUCAAGUACUACUACAAGUAAACAUAUCUAG